AUGGACCAGCAGGCGCAGACUCUGCUGACGACGCUCAAACGCUCAUCGGCCGCGUCGGACGCGAAGCUCACCCAGCUGAACAAUCUCAAGUCUGACAUCAAGCACCACCGAGUGCCCGACAGCGCCCAGCCCGUCAUCUUUGAGUGCCUCCGAGUCGCCUUGACCCAGCAGGCCUCGAGCACCCUCGCCACUGCUGCAUUCACCACGCUGGGUCAUCUCAUUAAGCGCCUGAAGAUCCAGGACCCCGAUGGCUCUGCCAUUGUCCAACACGCUCCCAAACUCUUUGUCGCCUUGCAGGAAAGACUAGGCGACCUUCGCGAGAACCAUCGCAAUGCUGCCUCGCAAGCCUUUGCCGAUGCCUGGCACUUUUGCCCUCAGGACGUCGAACACAUUAUCCGCGACGAAGUCAUCCCUGGCGCAAACGUGCGCGCAAAGGACACUGCGAUGCACUGGGUUGUGCGCAUGAACCACGAUGAAGCCCUGCCUUUCAAGAGCUUCGUGCCUCUGAUGGUCGCAAACCUUGAAGACCACGACGGCGCAGUCCGCGACUCUGCAAAGAGUGCUUUGGUUGAUCUUUUCCGGAACGCGCCAGACCGCGCGAAAGCCGACCUGAAGAAACAAUUGAACCUGCAUGGUGUCCGUACCGGCAUCGCCUCUCAGAUCCUCACGCAAAUCGAUUCAGACAAAGCAUCGGCGCCCGCAGUAGACAUGGCGCAGUCCACCCGUUCCCUCCCUGCCAUCGAUCCCCAUCUCGCCGAGAGCAUCAACAGCGAGGCCGCUCGCCCACCCCCUCCGNAAGAGAUUCCAAUGGAUCCCAUCUUCGUCCAUUCGCAAAGAGAACUUGAGGAUAUGUUCAGUGAUAUGCUUCCCCACUUUGAGGGCAGGGAGAGCGAGGAGAAUUGGGGCAAUCGCGACAAGGAUGUUACCAAGAUGAGACGAUUGCUAAAGGGAAACGCCCCCACCGAUUACCACAAUUUCUUCAUGUCGUCCAUGAAACAGAUGCAAGCCGGCAUCAUCAAAGUCGCCUCUUCUCUGAGAACAACAACUUCUAGUAAUGGAUGUUACAUGGUCCAAGAACUGGCCAGGACUCUGGGCCCAGCCCUUGACCCCAUGGUCGAGAUCUAUCUGCAGACAUUUGUAAAGAUGUGUGCAGCCACAAAGAACAUUGCCGCCCAAAACGGCAACCAGACGGUCGACACCAUUUAUCAAUACGUCUCGUACAACAUCCGUACCAUGCAACACGUCUGGGUUGCCUGUCAGGACAAGAACGUCCAACCGAGAACCUUUGCUGCUGGGUGGCUUCGCACUAUUCUCAGCAGACAAGCUGGCGCAAAAUCCCACUUUGAGAGCACUGGAGGCCUCGAGCUUGCCGAAAAGUGUGUGAAACAUGGUCUGAACGACUCCCAACCUAAGGUCAAGGAGGCCAUGAGAGCUACAUACUGGGCCUUGGCCAGAGUUUGGCCUAACAGAGCCGAGCUUAUCAUGAACACCCUCGACCCCAAGGCCAAACUUGCUCUUGAGAAACACUCGCUCAAUCCGAGCGCGUCAACUUCCAGUGCUUCGACUCUUCGCACCUCUACCGUGAGUAGAGCAGGUGCAGCUUCGAAGUCUUCAGUCAGAGAUGCCAUCAUGGCAGCGCGUAAGAAGGCUCAGGCCGAGAGCCGUCCAAACUCCGCAAUGGCCAGCGUCUCGCCUACCACUGUCAGAUCAAAGUCGUCAAACAAUCUUUCUGCUCGCCAGCCAUCUGCCGGACCGCCCGCUUCUGCUCGUGUUCCGUCAGCUGCAUCGACUUCAUCUUCCACUUCAACCAAUGCAAGACCCAAUGCAUUAAUGUCUGGAGCUGCAAGGCGGCCUGUCAGACGCCCGGAAAUUGCUCGUCCCGCCACAGCAGACCCCUAUGCCAGCCGCAGACUUGCUAGGCCGGAGACACCUUCUAUCAAGAGUCCCGUCACUAGCCCUCGACAGGAGAUUGCAUCUACCAUUGUCAACACAUCAGCAACCAAAACUCGUGUCGACAAAGGCAGUCCAGCACUAAGUCCGUUCCGUCAGUCUUACCUCUCGCCAAGAUCGGCCGCAAACAGGACUCGGCCUUCGAGCAGGGAUAGCAAAGCAGACGAGCCAGCUGUGUCGAAGGAAGACGAGUUUGCUUCAUUUGUACCGACUUCGUACAAAAGCCAUCUCCCGACCUCCCCAACUUCAAGCAGAAGCCACCUUCCAACAUCUCCACAGUCAACACUGCGCAGGCCAACAUUGAAUGGCUCGGCGUCUGUGGACAGCGUGAUACCAAUGGUCGCUGACGACACCUUUACUAUGGAGUUGCCAACCGUACACAGAUCUCAAAUGCCAGUCUUCGAGCGUCGUGCUUCGCAUUUGUCGACCGUUGAUCCUGUGACGGAUGCCCAACCAUCCGAGCCACAACACACACGGCGUGUGUCUGAUAGAAACGAUUCACCCGUCACAAUCAGCCACCGGCCCAGUCCUCAACGUGAAGUCAGUCCUCCAAAAUCCGCAAGUGCUGCAGCAUCUCCCGUGCCUACUUUGGCUCCGGCCGCUCAAAUCGAGUCUGCUGCUCCUCAGACCGAAGAAGCAGCUUUCCAAAUCCACGAAGAUCCGUUCAUGGAGGGCAUAGAAGCGUCAGAGGCACAAAAGAUGCGACAAUCGCAAGACGCUCGCAGUGUGUUGGGUGAGGUGCCAGUCAAUGAGUUCAGCCAAGUUUCGAUUGCCGAAAGCUCCAAUCGUGAGGAGAUGCUCAGAACAGAGGACUCACCACCGCAGAGCCCACAAACCAAGUCCGAGACUCUGCGCUCUAGGAAGCUGCUCAUGUCGGGUAUCGAACGCAUUCGAGGACGCACUCUUGAUGCACACGGCUUUAGAAAGGUGCUCGAGUUGAUAAAGUCUUCCGAGUCGGGCGAGAUUUUUGGCUCGGUUGGUGAAGGCAGACGCUUUGACGACUUGUGCAGUGUUCUCCUUGAUUACAUUGUUGAAUCUUCUGAUGCUGCAGCAAAUCCUGCUGUGCGACACUCGCAAGAGCUAAGAAGACAGGCUACCAGUGUGAUGAGGACAGUGCUUAACGCGCAGCAACCGCCUUUUAGAAAGUGGGUCGCUGCUGGGCGCUGGUAUCCUCGUGCUCUUACUGGAGCACUAGACGCACGCAAGAACGUCGAAGGAUCAGGACUGCUGGUCAAGGAUUUAGAAGCACUAGCCAGCGAUGUCGUGGCCAAAAUUCACCCCGAUGAGGGCGAGAAGGCCAUCAUCGAGUGGCUGGAGCGUCGUGUGUCAGAAGCAGACUACGAUACGCAAGAGCAAGAGCUCGACGGCGCUGUUGCCGCCAUUCGGGCCAGACACGGUGAUGAGAAUAUGGUGCGCAAGAACAAGGCGAUGGCACUUGCACUACGCAACCUGGCUGCUCUGAUCGCGUCGACUACAGUCACUGCUUCACCUCUGUCCAAGGACUUGGGUGAGCGUGCCGGGCGUCUUGCUGUCAUCUCUCUACGCUCAAAAGACGCAGAAGUGCGCAAGUCAUCGGUCGAGUUGGCAACACAACUGCACACGAGCUGGCCAUCAGACGCCGAAGCCCAAGCCGAUGCGAAAAGCGAGUUCUGGAGUAUGCUGGAGAAGAACGGCUUGCAAGAAAGCGCACGCAACCUGAUUGUCUAUUUCAUUGCACGCAGAGAGAGAAGUGGUUGA